CAGAGCGCAGCGCUGAAUUAAAGUCGACAGAAAUCAACAUCAGCCAUGGCCGCAGUAAAAAACAUUCGAGUUUUAGCAAAUUCCAUUCAAAAUGUUCGUGUAUUCGCCCUGAGAGCUGCGUCCUCCUCUUCCUCUGGUGAUACCCCAACGCACACUGGGCAGCAAUUUGAAAAAGAUGACUACAGAUUGGCCAGGUUUAUUGAGACACCGAAGCAAGUCAACAAGCAAUUUGCCAUCGACUUAAUCAACAAGGUUCCGCCAACACCCCAGAAAAAGAGGGUUAUUUCCUGCGAUGGAGGUGGUGGUCCUACAGGACAUCCCAAAGUUUACAUCAAUUUGGACAAACCUGGCAACCACAUCUGUGGUUAUUGCGGACUUCGUUUUUACAAGGAUGGAAGUCACCAUUAAGAGACAAAAAAUCUCUGUUGAAUAGUUUGUUGUAAAAUAUUGUGUUAUACUCUACAGAUAGAAAUGAAAAUAAAGAUUUGAAAUAUUACUCA